CAGAAAGUUUUGCUCUACAGUUAAAAAGCUGCCCGAGUGCAAAGAGUGAGAAUCCCUUUGCUCAAGGGAUUCACCAUAUAGCAAGAUGUACAGUUACGUAUAUGCCUUUUUUCUGAGUGAUAAUGUCCUCCUGUUUGUCUCCCCCUGCUGGCUGCAAAACUUUUACUUGGACUUCACUACAACACUAAUUGUUUCUGGAAGAGACUCAACACGACGCAACUGGAUCAAAUUCUGAGUCGUCUAUGAAGUCACACACGCUCCUAGAAUCUUGCUGAAGUAACCCGGUGUGUUCCAACAUCGCGGUGACGUCAUGCUGAGACAGGACGCAGCACCAUGCUUAGUAUAAAAGACGCCUCAGGAGACAUUUGUUAUGAUUCCUCUCAUGAGACAACUAAUAGAGGAAAGUGAUAGCAGAUUUGCUUAUUUUCCUGGGCAUCAUGAUAUUUCAUCUGCUGAUAAUGACCCUGGUAACAUUCCCACUGUCCUCUAAUGGUGGAAAAUGGACAUAUGAUGGUCCUGAUGGAGAGCCUCAGUGGUCAAGAAAUUAUCCAUACUGUGGAGGGGCAUUCCAGUCCCCCAUAAACUUUCAGCCUGAGCUGCUGAGAUUUGAUCCAGACCUGCUGCCCAUUCAGCUGCAGGACUACAACUUGUCUAGCGAAGAGCAGCUGACUCUUAGCAACAAUGGACACUCUGUGCAGCUGUCUCUGCCAUCGCGGAUGCAUCUCUCUGGUCUGCCCCAUCGCUACUCAGCAGCUCAGCUUCACUUCCACUGGGGCUCCUCCAACACACCGACUGGCUCUGAACACACCAUCAAUGGCAAGCAGUUCGCAGCUGAGAUGCAUUUGGUGCACUUCAAUUCUGCCAAGUAUCACAACAUCUCCCAAGCAGUGGACAAGUCUGAUGGCCUUGCUGUGCUGGGUGUUUUUAUUGAGGUGGGAGAAUUCAAUCCUGCUUUUGACCGGUUUCUCAAAUUUAUUAAAGGCAUUAAAUAUAACGGUCAGAAAUUGCAGGUGGCAGGAUUUAACAUUCGGGAGCUGCUUCCUACUCGUCUGGAUGAGUACUACCGCUACGAUGGUUCUCUUACCACUCCACCCUGCUACCCCAGUGUGCUCUGGACAGUGUUCAGGAAUCCAGUCAGCAUCUCUCUCAGACAGUAUUUGGCUUUAGCCACUGCUCUAUUAUCUUCUCAUCCUCAAGAAGCAGCUACAGUUCCUCUGGUUGGGAAUUACCGUAAGCCCCAGCAAAUGGACAGCAGAGUGGUUCUGGCCUCCUUUCAGCAGAGCUGGGGACUGCAUGGUACCACUUCAGUGGCAUCUCCCAUGCAGAGGAGGCUGGUCAUCCAACACUUAAUUAAUGGAGACCUUGCAGAUCUUGCAGAUGAAGGACUUCAUCAUCUUUUACCUAAACUCCAAAGAAAAAACUGGGCUGUUAAAAAGUGGAGGAACAAUUCUAAUCAACAGCCUUUGGGCCAGUCUACUGAGAAACAUCAGAAGAACAAGGGGCUCAAUGUCACCAGAAAUAAUCCAUCAGUCUGGAGGAACACUCAUGGAAGGUCCUACAUGGGGAUGUCUGCUAUAAAUGAUGAUGCAUUGUGUUUUAUAUCCAUGGAAAAAAACGUAUCUGUUUGGGUCACAAAACAUCAUGCAGAUGCUCAGAUGAUCCAAGCUCUAAGAAAAGCAGUGUUUCCAGAUCUGAACCUGAAGAGCUACUUAAACUGCAGGUCUGAUUUGGAUUUGCUAACAAUCAGACACCUUCUUCGUUCCAGACCCACUGAUGAGGCAAAUGAGCUGGAUCAGGCCCUAACCAAAGCGAGUCAGGGACAUAAGCAAAAACCUAUGACACAGUACCAGGGCUCAGCACUGACCAAGAUAUCAGGGCAAACCCAAGCUGCUGUCCUGAAGAACAGCCACAACAUGGUGCCUACUAAUCACAGACUGCAGCCUGUGGAGUGGGAGGAUUAAAACCCCACCGAAGCUAUAAACACAGGCUGCAUAGCACAUUAUAAUAGUCAUCAAAGGCCUUGUAACAUGCAGGGUCUAAAUAUUUAGUUCUUAUAAAAAACUCUGUUUAUUUAACCAGAGUUUUAGUAGUAAUUUAUGAUACAUGGGUUUAUGGGAUUGGGAGAUAAAUUGUACUUUUGCAUGGACACAGUGAAAACAACAAAUGGCAGAAUUAGUGAUAGUUAUGUGACAAUUGAUGCUUUACAUAUUUAUUUUACAAAUAGAAGUUUACAUAUUUAUAAUGUACAGGUAUGGUUUAUCAUUUAAAACAAAUCCUUCCAUUACACAUUUGUGUGAUGUUGGUACGAGAAAUACGUUGGGUAUAAUCAUUGAGCACCUCAUGUGGCAGACAAUUAUUUACAUACUAGGAAGUAUGUACAGAACACAUAAAAAGAUUUUAAGCCAAAACAUCAACAAAAGAAUUCACAGAAUAUGGUUCUUUCCUGGCAAGAAGAUAUUUUUGUAUUUUAUUGGGUUAAGUUCUGUUUUAUUUGUGUCACAAUAAUUACAUAGUAAAGCAAUUAUAGUCAUACAAAGUGGAAAACUGUAGCUAAAGAAAUUCUGUGUUUUCUGUCUUGUAUAGCUUUAGAUGUGGGUUUAGACCAAAGAAAAAACACAAAAAAAUGACAUAUUGUGAAUUGCAUCAUGUGUAGAAGAAAAACA